AUGAACUCCAAACAACAACACAUGACGGCUUGUCCAGCAAUUUUGAAGGGAGAUGAUCUUCCUGAUGAUACUCCACUUAAGAUGCAGAAUUCCAAUAUCCCAAAACCUAUUAUUUCAAAGAAAUUAAUGCCUUAAGUGAAUAAUGAAAUACUUUACGAAAGACUCAAUUAAGAGGCUGAAAUAUUUAAGUAGAACAAUUAAAUGUUGAAGGAAUAUUACGAAUCAGAAGAAUUACGACCCUGCUCAUUUGCUCCUUAAACCCUGAAUGACGGUUAGGAAAAAAGAUCACUCUAUUAAUUUUUAUUCGAUCAAUAGAAUCAUGUUAUGAAAGUAGAAUAGAAGUUGGAAUAAAUUAAAUAAAAUGAAUUGGAACGUGAUCUCUAACACCCAUAUCAUCCAAAGACUAAUGAAUUCAACUUUUCGAAUAGAAAUGAAACAAUCCCUACUUAUGAGAGAUUGUACAAUCUGAACUAAAAGAAACCCUCUGAACCAUAGAUGUAACAAUCAGAAUCUACUGUCGAUUAUAAGCCAUUAAUUUAAUAGAAGUCACAAAACAUAGUGCGUAAUCAGAAGGUGGAGGACAUCCUUUACCAAGAUGCCCAAAGGAGAUUAUAGAAACAGAAGGAAGUACAAGAUAAGAAAAAUACAACCAAAGUAGUCACUGUGAAUGUUAAAUUCACAUCAAACAAUAGCGAGAAGAUAGUGGCUCAAAAAUUCAUAAGAGAGUUCGAAACUGUAAUAGAUUGGAUUUUUGAUCAAACAGGAUAAGAUAGACCAUCAAAUGUAUCAUUCUCAAUUGACUAUCUCAAAUUAGGAGAAAUACUGUAACGUUUAGGAUUUUUGAAUCAAUUGCAAUUAAAGGAGAGCAAUGAAAAGGCUGUUGAAUUUGAGAAUCUGCGUUUAUCUGAAGAAAGAGCCUUAUUAUGCGAAAUUUGGACUGUUUUGAGAGGAGAUGAACUAGGUGGUAUCAGCAAAAGGAACUUGUGUUUAUUUUUGUUGACUUUGAUUGGCAUUACAGAUUUUAAAAUCAAAGAAUUACCUUCUGCUUAAAAUGAAGAGGUUCCUAAUUACUAGAAAUCCAUUCAACCAUAAUAACAUAAAAUUGUUACUGCUCAUUAACCUAAUGAUAGACCUAAGUUAGGAACUAUUGAUAAGGACGGCAAUAUCAUUUUCACAUUCGAAGAGACCAAAAAGAUUCAAAAGCAAUUCGAUAUUUUAUAUAGAAAUAGAUUAGGCUGUGAGGAAUUGAAGAAAAUUAAUUGGAAGGAUGAAAACCCCUAUAAACCAUAAAUAUUACCUUAAUCAAAGCAAUUGGCCAAUUAGUUUAGAGAGAAAGUAUUAGAAUAGACAGCUAAUCUAAUUGAUAAUCAGUUGAUUAAAGUAAAUAUACCUGAAAAUGGAUAAAUUACACAUGCAGAUUUGUUGGUUUUACAAAAGAAAGCUGUAGAAUAUCACAAAGAAUAGAAGAAAUAAGAGAUAUUAUAAUAAUAAUUAGAUAAAUGUCCAUUCAAACCAUAAUUGAUGAGUAAUAACAAUUACAGUAUUGAUGAAAGGAAAAGUUAGUCAAAGAAAUCUGAGAAAUAUUUGCAAUUGUAUUCACUGGCUAAGCCUACUACUUCAAAAAGAGACAGAACUACAGAAGAAAUAGAAUAUGAAAAAUAAUAAGAAGAAUGCACUUUCCAACCUGGUCUCGUUAACAAAGGAAGUUAAUAACAGAAAUAAGAGAAUCAUUUUGUAAAUAAGGAUGUAGAUAAAACAGUGUAGAGAAUGAGAUAAGCUAGAUAAAGAAGAGAAGAAGUGUAAGGCAUGUUGGAAAGAGGAUAUAAGAGUAACAAACCAGUAUAAUAGUAACAACAAUCCAACCAAUAGUCCAACGUAAGUAGAAGCUAGUCCUAAAAUCAAUUGAAAUAAACAACACAGUCAUCAAGAUAGAAAAGUCUACAAUCAUAAGAAUCGCAAUAAAUGAAUACUUUUUAAUCAUAGAAUUUCCAUAUGGAUGAGUCAUAACCAAAGGAAGAAUAGAGUGUCGUUAGAUCUGGCAAGUAGGAUGAGAGAAUACCUUUGUUAUUCGUUGAUGUGAAUCUAGGACCAAGUAAGACUGAGAGAAUUGUUGUGUAUGAAGGGGAUUAGUCUUGUGAUUUGGCUGCUCGAUUUGCUCAAGAACACAAUUUGGAUGAGUUCAUGCAAGAUAAGUUAAAGGAAUUACUUGACUACUAAAUAAGUGGAUUGCUUACUAAAAUUGAUGAAGAAGAAGGAGCCUUAAGUGAUAAUGAUUAAUGA